GUUCCACGUGCAGACACAAUGAAAAUUUGUUUGUUACAUAUUGCUGUAAUACACCUCUCUUGGGCGAAUGCUUCUGACGGGAUUGACUUUAGUGUAAAUGAUAUUAUGAACACUCAAAUGAUGCCUUUCCAAAUAUUUGUUUACGAGUUCACUCCAACAAGGAAAACAAACUACUCAACUGACUUUACGCCUGCUUUAGCUACGAUGAACUAUCACAGAAAAAUGAUGCAACAAUUCAUGGCUUCUGACUACCUAACUAAGCAGAUAUUGCACUUGAAUGCAGAUCGAUACAAACAAAAGAUAAACAGACGAGUGGGCGAAUUUCAUAAUAAAUCCAAUUUAUUCAAUGAAGAUAAUCAUUCGUUACUUUUCGACGAUGGUUCUACCAGAUAUAAUGCUUGGUUAAGAACAACAACACUGGACGAUAUUCAACAUCAGUUAAAUCAUGCUGCAAAUAAUUUAAAAAACCCUGAAAGUUCAGUUCGAAGACAAAUGUUGGAUCCAGCUGGAAAAUCUACUUUGGGGGUCUAUGAGGCAGACGAAGAUAGCGAUUCUGGCGACAUUACUGGCUACGCAUAUGACAGUUCUUAUAAUGACAGCAACUAUUUCAAUCCUAAUCUGUUUAAAGUAUCACAGAUGCCACGAUUAUUAAUAAAAGCUCCAAAGACUGGUGCUUCAAUUAAGCAAAUUAACAAAAGUGGAUAUGACUCAGGCUUUGAGGACUAUGGAGUACAUCACGCUCCACCCGAAUCAGCUAUGUCACAGCCUGCGAAACAAAUUAAGGAAAUCAGCCUAAAAGAUAUCACGGACAUCGCUCUAACGACCCUCGCAUUUCUAUCUUUUGGGAUGUUCAUACUACAGGUUCUUAUGUGCAUAACUAUGAAUAAAGAGGAUACGAGUAAUUUAAUGAUGCUACCUAUGGAGGCAACGGAAUCAGUUGAACCAAGUGAUGGGACGGAAGAGAUACGACGGAGGAAACGAUCUGUUCCAGAAAGUUUGCCAAUAUUAGUGGGGGCAAAUCAACUGACUCAAACUUUAUUGACCACAAUCGACCAUAUAUACCUAAGUGAAAACAAAAAUGUAAACAUGAAACAUUACUUUCAACUUUUAUGCGGAUAUGGUGCUAACAACACGAAAUUGAGAAGAAUACAAAAAAUAUGGACAAUACUUUACAGCUUAGGAACCAGUUGGUUGGCGGCUCGUGCAUCCGAUGACUAUUAUUCAAUAAUCAAACGAGUCAGUCAGGUGUUUGAGGUCUGCACCUAGCUAAAGCCGCAAGAGGACGAAGAAUAAUAAU